UUCAGGACUGUCACACUUGUUUCAUUAUAUUCCACACCUGACAAACAGCUUCUUGAAUUGUCACACCAGACAGUUUGGUCUUGCACAAAUCAAGGUGAAGUUGGCCUUCAUGUUGUAGAUGUCACUGAUAUCCAGGCCAUCAUCACAGUUAUACCUCAUUGGCCUACUUUACCAUCU